UCACGUGGACACAGAAAACAUGGCGGCGUCCAGUAAGUCAGCCGUGAUCCUGAAGUCGGUCAAGAAAAUCGCCGUACAGUUCUGUCCGUUCGAGUCCAAUGUCAGGUCAACACGUGAUUUCCUGGCGGUGGUGGGCUCCGAGAAGGUCAAAUCCACCAACAUGAACUGUGAGGUCGUCACCGUGGUGAAACACGACAAGUCAGAUCCUGUCAUUGAUGUAACGUUCAUGGACGGAGAGCGGCUGGUGAUGAAGGGAUCGAAGUUGACGUUGGCGGAAAUGAUGACAGCAUUUCAGUCUCGAUGCAUCAGCAAGGACCCUCAGGCCAAAGCUGCUUCAGAUAAAUGAUGUUUCAACUGUUUAUGUAUAUUGGUGAUUGUGUACAGUAAAAGGAAUACAGCGAAACCCUUCUGCUUUGAAUUGAUUGCCUGGAUGCUGUUUAUUUAAAAAAACAUUCUCUGCUCCUGAGUCGUGUUUUGCAACCGUGAGCAGUGAAACAAGAUGAGUCCAGCAUUUUAGGUGAACAUUUUGCAAGCACCAACCUUUGACCCAUCUAGCUUUCAUCUGGUUUAGCAACGUCCUCUAAAAGCUGUAUUUGUUGUUGUUCACACCUGAUUCAAACAUUGAGGAAUCAUUGUGCUCAGCAGGCAGAAAGGCAUAUGUGGUCAUGGCAAGGGAGGAUGACUAAGGCUCGCCAAGGUGGGGAAGUGCAACGGCCUGUCCAUGUUCAUACUGCCAUUCAUUGUCAUAGUAAUGGGUCCGGCUGAUUUGGUUGGUGUGUCGAAGGUCGGCCAGCAAGUUCCAAGUCUGCACAUUUGAAUGUUAACACACAAGUCAAGUACGUCUCAGCAGUUUAUUAGCAAUCAGUCAGACAUAUCUCAAUAUUAUUCAAGGCAAUUUAUUAGCUUAUGGAUUUUCAGUUUCAGUUGUAAGACAUUCAAGGUAGAACAUGUAUCAAUACGUUUGUGAAUAAACGAUUACUUUCAUGAGUGUCAGUUUCACAUUCAAAGUGUAAUAAUCCAAAACCUACCGAAGUAUUUUUGUCAGGGAUUGUUGUUGAUUCUCUUUAAAGGUGUUACUCUUAGGUCACUCUUCCUUGGAACUCCUGAAGAAUUGCGAGACAAAUGUGAAUUCAUACUUGAAAUUGGAGCUCGCAUCUGUUAUUCUGGAUGCAUAACAAAAGUCGCACUGGUCAGCUAAGCACUGAGGGGCAACUCAGUCCAUCAAACAAAACAAGAUAAUAAUAGGGAGUGUUUGCAUUUUUUUUAUUUGGAAAGUGUGGAUAAAGGUUCCAAAAUUUGAUGUAAAUGUUUCGGAUGA